UUCUUAUUUAACGUCAAUGCCGAAGGAGCUUAGAAAACGCGGCAAAAAGAAGAAAGGAACUCAAGGUCCUCCGGAAUACGAACGUAUCGAAAACCCGCAAAAUCACGAGCCGGAAACAGCAUUCGAAGGAGACGCUGAACACGGAACUACACGGCCUAAUCCGUCAUGGAUUAUCUCUGGGUCUAGCAAACAGGACCAGGUGGACAAGGACGAUCGCGCUGCAGAAAUUGAAGCACCCUUCGGAUACGUCGAUGCAGACGUCAAAGCUUACUUUCGUACUGUGGACGUCCAAAUGCGAGACUGGCAGGUUGCGACGGGAGACGGAGAAAAUGUAGAUGCGAACGAAGGCAUGGCGGGCAAGGAAAAGCAACUGGCCACCGACCCUGAUUGUUCUAUUGUGCUGGAACGGAUGGCUUACUCUAUGGACGAUUUCGUGCGACGUGUUUUCAUCGACAGUCUCAUCGGCUCUUAUGCUGUCUUGGUGAAACAUCGGUUCGCGUCGCAUGUGUGCCAAACCCUGUUCACUGUUGCCAACCAAACGAUCGCAAGAGAGAUGCGCGGUAUCUAUCCCACGAUACCGGAGGGAGACGACAAAGGUGAACUCAGAAGAAUGACUGAGCUGAUCGUCGAUCUUACGAAGGAAAUUACACCUGUGUUCACCUCUCUGCUUGCGGAUGCAUUCGGAUCGCAUGUCAUCCGUGCACUGCUCGUGCUUCUAUCACCUGCGCUUGCAUCCUUACAAGACAACUCUCACACGGCCGUGCGGUCCAAGAAGAGCGCAGCAUGGAAAGCGAGGCAAGGCCCUCUGAAGUCGAUGUUCAACGAGAGCCGAUCGUCUGCCCCGAUCUUGUACACCCCACCCGAAUCGUUCGCUCCGAUCUCACGCCACUUCAUUGAGGCUGUGCGUGCCGAGCUGGGAGGAAACGAAGUCCGGGCUCUGGCAGCAGAUAAAGUCGCUAGCCCCACUCUGCAGAUGCUUCUUGUGGUCGAAGCAGAUCAGCAGAUGUCCGAUGAGGAGGACUCAUUAAUGGAUCGUGCUCUUGCUGGUCUUAUCUCCCAUUCAAAAUCCGACUCCAGGGAUGCACCGCCGGUGUCAGACUAUCUCCACACACUGCUCCGUGACCCGACCGCGUCUCAUUUUCUGGAAACAGUGGUGGCGAAAUGUCCAGCACCAGCCUUUGCAACUCUCUGGACCCUCUAUUUCAAAGACAGUCUGGCUCGGCUCGCUAUCCAUCCUGUUGCCAAUUACGUGCUUGCCAAGACCUUUGAGCGAUUGGACGCAGCCCAACUUGCGGAUGUGUUCUUGGAGCUCAAAGGCGUUUGGGGGAAACUAACGCAGGUAUCUCGAACAGGUGUGCUAAGAGCUGCAAUCGAUCGUUCGAUCGAGUUGAAAGCCUGUGGUCCCGAUGCUGUCUUGGAAGCUUUUGAGAUUAACCCCGACGAUGUAGAACAAAAAAAUGCGGUCGUACCCUGUAUCUUGCGACUGAAGUCCUUUUCGGACUAUGCUCGUCAGAUCGAAUACAACAGCGAAGAAAAGGGAAAACAGAAGGCAAAUUCGGGUGGUGAAAUGACUGUUCAGGGGGCCGUGCUUCUGCAGUCGCUUUUGCGCAUGGCAGACCCAUACAAUGGCAUAGUGAUCUCCAGUUUGCAGUCGCUUUCCACUGUGGCAUUGGUCUCUCUUGCCCAUCAUCCCGCUGCCUCACGAGUUUUGGACGCGCUACUCGAAUCGAAAACUGUUCUCGUGAAAUCAAAACGGCAGUUUCUGCUCUCCUUGAUCGGAAGCUAUCACCUCCUCGUCGACGAUCGGAUUGGCAGUCGGGUCGGAGAUCGGUGUUGGGCCAAUGCCGAUACUUAUCUCAAGGAAAAAAUAGCCCGGUCAAUGAUCCCAGAGGAAAGAUUCCUCGCUGCAUCGCAUUUUGGGAAAUUUUUCGCCCGCAAUCUUAAUUUGUAUCUCCUCCAGCGCCGGCCGGACGAUUGGCGCAACAUGCAAAGCGGGCAACGGCCGAAAGCAACCGCCGUCCAGACCAAUCCUCCUAUGAUAACUCCAACGAUACAACCCAACCCACCUCCUGUCAAGAAGCGAAAACGAGACAAAGCCGGGGACGAGAUCGACCAGCUUUUCGAGGGCAUGGGGAAGAAAAUCAAGCGAGGUGCACUGGCUGUAUCUGACCAUAGUGCCCACAAAACGGAGAUGGAUGCGUCAUCUGCCGUGGACGAUGUGCUACCCCAAAAUGCUGAUUCAGCAAAUCGUCCUCGAGGCAAACGGAAAGGCAAUGUGUAGCUUAUGUAUCCAUAUUUGCAAUUCAGUGUCUCGAAUGAAAGCGCUGACUGGAUCAAGAGUCUGCUUCAUUGUGUCCGCGAUCCCAAAAUUUCGUGCUCUUCGUUGUUGCUCUUUUGAACGGCGUCUCCGCGUCAGCUUGCGGGGUUCUGCUGGAGAUGAUGUAAUUGAUAUGGACGGGCUCUCGAUUUGAGCGAUUUACGAGCGUCACUCCCCUUCGUAAAACUACUUUAUGUGCCUGCGAUAUUUUCACUCGCUUGCCGAUCUUGUAGGUGGUUCGUUUAGCCUGAUUUCCUUGUGUUCUAUCGAUGCUGGCAUCGGAUACUUUCACGACAAUGGGCUGUUUGCUGACAAACGCCUGCCCCGAUAUGGAAACCGAUCCUUUCUCAAAACGAUAAUGGACGUUGAUCUUGCAUACAAGAUCGAUGCCAUCCAAGAGCUCACAGGCCACCAAGAUCGUGCAUGGAACGUCGCAUGGAACCCUACGAAACCACUCAUCUCCUCCUGUUCUGCCGACAAGACAGUCCGCAUGUACACCUACAGUUCCAAGAAUGACACAGGACCAACCUUCACGCACAUUGCGACGAUACCCACCGGCCAUACGAAGACUGUACGAUCGCUGGCUUGGGCUCCCUCAGGAAAGACGCUGGCUACUGCGUCCUUCGAUGCAAAUAUAGGGAUCUGGGAGCAAGAGGACGACGAGGAGGAUGAGGGUGAGGGGAGGGUUCGAAGCGGAGAGUGGGAGUGCAUGAGCCUAUUGGAGGGCCAUGAGACGGAAUGCAAAAGUGUUGCAUACUCGAGCACGGGCACGCUCCUCGCUAGCUGCAGCCGCGACAAAACCGUGUGGAUCUGGGAAGUCCAUCCCGACUCAGACUUUGAAUGCAUGGGUGUACUGAUGGAGCACACUCAAGAUGUGAAGUGUGUGGCCUGGCAUCCCACGGAAGAGAUUCUUGCGUCUGGUUCGUACGACGAUACAAUCAAAUUGUACAUUGACGACCCUUCGGACGACUGGUUCUGUUUUGAAACUUUGUCCGGGCAUCAGUCUACGGUGUGGUCGUUAGCCUGGGCUCCGAAAGGCAGCUAUCUGGCAUCGGCUUCGGACGAUCGGACAGUUCGGAUAUGGAAACGACUUGCAGAGCAUCACUGGGAAUGCGUACUUGUUUUGGAAGGCAAUGAACGCAGCGUCUACUCAGUGAGCUGGGGUGUCGGGCAGUCCUCUUCCAGUGAAAGUCUAGGCUGGCUUGCGGCAGUAGGUGGUGAUGGGGUCAUCCGCGUUUGGGAGCUUGCUGAAACGCAGGACUCGAAAUUGUCGCACAAGCUGAUUGCACGGUUUGCCGAUGCUCAUGGCGUGCAUGAUUUGAAUUCCGUAGCUUGGUGUCCUCGACAAGGGUUCGAGAACCUUUUAGCAACGACAGGCGACGAAGGAGCCGCAAAAAUAUGGAGCGUUAAUCUAAUAGUAUAAGCUAACAUUGCUAGACCUACUGAGGCUCCCAAUGCAUCUUCAUGCCAGCAGUUUCU